AUGACUACCAUCUCAAACACAAGCGAUAUCAGUGAUGAGGAGCUUUUACGUGGGUGGAAGUCGCGUCUUGGUCAAUUGUCCGUAGCCGAGAAAGUGGAACAAGCCAAUUUACUAAAGCGUCAAGGUAAUUUAUAUGUCAAGAAGGGCGAGCCCAAGCGCGCACUGGCAUCGUAUGCGAAAGUGUUUGCGUACGUGAACGGCCUGUCCGUAGCUGGCGAUGCCAUGUCCCAGUACGCGCAGGGAGCGGUGGGUGUGACAGCUACAAAGGCAGAAGGGGAUCAGAUUCAAGACAUUAAAAUUGCUGUGUGGGCCAACAUGGCGCUGUGUCAUUUAAAGCUUGGCGAGCAGCCAGAGCGGGCGCUAAGCUGUUGUGAUAAAGUUUUGGAGCUUGAGCCGCAGCACAGUAAAGCCCGCUUUCGCAAGGCUCAAGCUAUGAUUCAAUUAACGCACUAUGAGAUCGCUUAUAAGCUUCUUGGGGAAUUGCUAGAAGAAGAACCCAAGAACGCAUCUGUGCGCAGUGAGAUCCGUGCGCUACUAGUUAAGAAACGUGCGUACGAUGCCGAAGCUAAGGAAAAGGAGAAGAAGGCAUUUGGUAACAUGUUUAAGUAG